CAAUCCAAGAUGGCGGCAUCCACAAAUGAAUCUGUGGAUGACCGAAAUUCGUGUAAAAUAUGUAUUAUCGGGGCAGGAAUGGCAGGUUUAUCAGCUGCAAAUCAUUUAUUAAAAAACAAUUUAACGGAUUUUUUAAUUCUCGAAGCCAGAAAUCGUAUCGGUGGACGAAUUAUAGCAAUAACAAUAGGUGAUGAAAAAAUAGAGUUGGGAGCUAAUUGGAUUCAUGGAGUCCUUGGUAACCCAAUUUUCGAAUUAGCUAUGGCAAACGGACUAAUAAAUAUCAUAAGCAUUCCAAAGCCUCACAAAGUAGUAGCAGCAACUGAGGAUGGAAAACAAUUACCUUUCCCAAUUUUACAGGAAAUUUAUGAGGCCUACAUUUGUUUCUUACGACGAUGUGAAGAAUAUUUUCUUAGUGCCUACAGCCCACCUGAAGGAAUAAAAAGUGUUGGAGCUCAUGUAGCUCUUGAAGCCGAUUUAUAUUUAUCAUCUCUACCUCCAGAAGCAAGAAAAAUAAGACAAUUAUUAUUCGACUGUUUACUAAAACGAGAAACGUGCAUUACAGGCUGUGAUAGUAUGGAAGAUGUUGAUUUAUUAGAAAUGGGUUCAUAUGCUGAACUUCAAGGAGGAAAUAUUAGUCUUCCUGGUGGUUAUAGCUCUAUUUUAGGCCCAGUAUCUAAACACAUUCCCAAAGAAAAAUUUUUAUUAAAACACGCAGUAUCUAGAAUAAGAUGGAAACAAGAGAAUCAAAUUAAUAGUAGGAUAGAAAUAACUUGUGAUAAUGGUAAAACCAUAACAGCAGACCAAGUAAUUUGCACGUUACCUCUGGGGGUUUUAAAAAGGCGACCAGAUAUAUUUGAACCAGCUCUACCUCAGUAUAAAUUAGAAUCAAUUCAAAGACUAAUGUUCGGAACUGUAGAUAAAAUAUUUCUUGAAUAUGAAAGACCAUUUCUAAACCCUGGAAUAUCAGAAAUAAUGCUUUUAUGGGAUGAUCGAGAAUUACCAAAGCAAGAUCUUGAAGAUUUAAGCAAAAGUUGGUUUAGGAAAAUUUAUUCGUUUACAAAAUUAUCUGAUACUUUAUUAUUGGGUUGGAUAUCAGGUAAAGCAGCUGAAUACAUGGAAAAAUUAAGUACAACUGAGGUAGCUGAAGUUUGUACAAAAGUAUUACGACAAUUUUUGAAUGAUCCAUUCGUUCCGGUGCCUAAAUGUUGCGUGCGAACUACUUGGCAUUCACAGGAAUUUACAGGAGGCUCUUACACUGCCAUGGCUAUUGGUGCAAGUCAAUUAGACAUCGAAGCUCUUGCUGAGCCUCUAGUUAGUAGCAGCGAUCCAAAGAAAAUAUUAGUUGCCUUUGCAGGUGAACACACACACUCUUCAUUUUAUUCUACAGUUCAUGGAGCAUAUCUUACAGGAAGGACUGCAGCCCAGAGUGUUUUAGAAAUUGAAAAAAAUGAUAAUGCACUUAGUUUAAUAUGUGAAGAUACGAGUGAUCUCAGUUCUUGGAUUCAAGGCAUUUCUCUCAAUUAAUUAGCAAAAACACUAAAGAUUUUUGUUCACGCUUUCAGAAUAUUAAUACAUAUAUUAUAAUGUAAAUACUCCAUUGCUUGUAAAUAUUAAUUGCUUGUAAUAAUUAAUUCUAGUCGCGUAAAUUUAUGAAGUGUAUUUUUUUUCAAUUUUGCAUUUUUUUAACUUAGUGCAUUAAUUAAUUUGUAAAUGCCAUAGGCAAGCACCCUACAAUUUUUUACUCCAUAUUUUGGAAAAUAAUGCACGAGUCGAAGGUAAAAUUAAUUAUAAACCGUAGUUAAAAUAUAAUUUAUAAUUCAAUAAUUCAUGAAUAUAAAAAAGUUAUGACACAAGAAUUUUUCUGGUAUUUUUAUU